GCGAGUUCACACUGGGGAGUGGCCGUUCACCUGCUUGGACUGUGGGAAGGGAUUCACUUGCUCAUCUAAACUGAAGGUACAUCAGCGUGUUCACACUGGAGAGAGGCCAUUCACGUGCUCAGACUGUGGGAAAGCAUUCACUCAGUCAUCCGACGUAAUGUCUCACCUGCGAGUUCACACUGGGGAGAGGCCGUUUACCUGCUCAGACUGUGGGGAAUUAUUCACUUGGUCAUCUGAGUUAAAGGGACAUCAGCAAGUUCACACUAGGGAGAGGCCGUUCACCUGCUCAGUCUGUGGGAAGGGAUUCACUCGGUCAUCUCAACUGAAGAUACACCAGAGAGUUCACACUGGAGAAAGGCCAUUCACCUGCUCAGACUGUGGGAAAGGAUUCACUCGGUCAUCUAAACUGAAGGUACAUCAGAGAGUUCACACUGGAGAGAGGCCGUUCACCUGCUCAGACUGUGGGAAAGGAUUCACACAGUCAUCCUCCCUAAUUGCACACCAGCGAGUUCACACUGGAGAGCGGCCGUUCACCUGCUUGGAAUGUGGGAAGGGAUUCACUCGGUCAUUUCAACUGAAGAUACAUCAGCGAGUUCACACUGGGAAGAGGCCGUUCACCUGCUUGGAAUGUGGGAAGGGAUUCACUCGGUCAUUUCAACUGAAGAUACAUCAGCGAGUUCACACUGGAGAGAGGCCAUUCACCUGUUCAGACUGUGGGAAGGGAUUCACUCAAUCAUCCACCCUAAUGUCACACCAGGCAGUUCACACUGGGGAGUGGCCGUACAACUGCUCCAUCUGUGGGAAAGGAUUCACUCUGUCAUCUAAACUGAAGGUACAUCAGAGCGUUCACACUGGAGAAAGGUCACUCACCUGUUCAGAAUGCGGGAAGGGAUUCACUCAAUCAUCCACCCUAAUGGCACACCAGGCAGUUCACACUAGGGAGUGGCCAUACAACUGCUCCAUCUUUGGGAAAGGAUUCACUCGGUCAUCUCAACUGAAGAUACAUCAGCGAGUUCACACUCAGGAGAGGCCGUUCACCUGCUCAGACUGUGGGAAGGGUUUCACUCGGUCAUCUCAACUACGGAGACACCAGCGAGUUCACACUGGGUAGAGUCUGUUCACCUGCUCGGACUUUGGGAAGAGAUUCUCUCAGCCAGAUCAACCAAAUGCGCAUCAUUGAGUUCACACUGGGGAGAGGCUGUUCACUUGCUGUUAAUGUGGGAAGCGAUUCACUCAGCCAGCUAACCUUAUGGUAACUCAUUUUGGCUGGCAGCUUAACUUUGGAGUUGAUAGACCCCAGCCCGGUCAAACUUAAGAAAUCUCGUUUGGGUGGAUGCUGUGUGAUGUGUCCCCUGUUACAAAUCAGUACCCUGAAAUUACAAACAGUACACAAUAUGUGAUUAACCAAUUGAGCUUUAUAAUUCUUACUUUGACGAUAGGGUUAGUAAAGUAAACAAACAAGCAAAAAGGAAAAGGGCCCACUCUCUCCAUUCACGUCUUCUCAUCUCUCCCCAGCAAAAGACUACAAAAUCUCUCUUCCAGACUCACAAGAAAGAAGGUUUCUCUCAUUGGAUAGCCCUGCACUACAAAACCCUGUUUUCUCUGGUCUUAACCAAGCAUUGCUGCUACAGAGAAACCAUUACAUCAGCAGUGAAACCUUACAGCAUAUUAUACUUGUCACACACUGCCUUGUUCAUACUGGGGAGAAAGUUUCAAUAAGCUGCAUGCUGGAUAUUUGUUGCUGAAUAUCACUGUUGCUGAAUGCAAUUUCGAGAGUUACUGUUGGAGCUGAAUUACUAUUGCUCACCACAUCCAGUUCUGCACACUGGUCUCUGGGCAUGGGAGGAGUUUCUUCUGCUGCACUUUCACCUUUAACGGGACUGGAGUUUAAUAUUCUGGAUCUGAGACAAAUAAAUCAGUUUAUUUUAAACUCUGUCUUUGGUACUUAAGUGAAUUUGUAACACAGCUAGUGUACAGUAGAGAGUCAACACUGGCUAGCCGGACCCUGCCAGUGAUUCUGUUCCAUUAGAUUAUGAGGACACUCAGUCCUCAUUUAUUGUCAUUUAUAAAUGCAUGCGGGCAUUAUGAAAUAAUACAAUGUUCCUCCAGAGUGAUAUCACACAAAAAACAGGACAAACCAAAGAG